GGAAGCUGAUAAAGCGUUUCCUCUCAGCUGACGCGGUUUGUCCUGAUGAACCGCGCCGGCUGACAUGGACCUGCGCGUCUUCAUUUGUUUGAUUUUUCUGCCAAGUCUGAGACUUUCCCAAGGACAAAUCACAGUGUGCCUUCAAGGCCAGUGGAAGUGUGAUGAUGGAAGCUGCAUUCCUGAUGAGUGGCAAUGUGAUGGACACGGAGACUGUCUGGAUGGAUCUGAUGAAGUGGACUGCGCUGCCCCCAUGGGAUCAUCCAAUUGUCCAACCGGUCUCUUUCCUUGUGUGGGCUCUCUUGGCUGUGUCGAUGCGUCUGCCCGCUGUGAUGGACAAAACCAGUGUCCCACUGGCUCAGAUGAGGAGAACUGUCCACCCCUAGAAGGAUGUCUCGACUCCGACUGGAUGUGUCGCAACAGCAUCUGUGUUCCCAAAGAGCUGCGCUGCGAUGGACGCAAUGACUGUGUGGACAACUCUGAUGAAGAAGACUGUGCUCUGUGUACUGACGAUGGCAUGCGGUGUCCUGAGGGGAAGUGUGUGUCUGCUGUAGAAAGGUGUGAUGGAAAGUUUCAUUGCAUCGAUGGCAGCGAUGAGCCAAUAACCUGCGGUCGGAUCUGCUCUGAGAACAAUGGUGGAUGUAGCCAUGUGUGUACAGAUGAAGCCUGGGGAGCUCUGUGUUCCUGUCCUGAUGGAUACAAGCUCUCUCCUAACGGAGCAGUCUGUGAAGAUUUGGAUGAAUGUGCAUCACCCUUUCCUUCCUGUGUGCAUCACUGCAUUAACACCAUUGGAUCUUACUACUGCCACUGCAGGGAAGGUUUCAAACUGAACAAAAGCUCCACUUGUCUGGCUUCAGGGAAUGUUACGCAGCUGCUGAUGGUGCGGCGCAACACUGUGGGAUUGUGGAAUGUGCAGUCCCAACAGUUUCAAGUGAUUCAGACUUCAGUGUUGGACCCAGUGGCCUUAGCAUUUGACGUUGCCCGAGGGUGGUACUACUGGGCAGACAGCCAUGGCAGAAUAUAUAAAAGUGAUGGACAGAAGAGCUGGAUGGUCUAUAUGGGAGAGCCAGGAAUCAAAGCUCUAGCUUGUGACUGGCUCAAUGGAUACCUCUUCUGGACCAAUCAGAAGACGGAGUCGAUCUACAUGCAGGCUGCUGAUGGGAAAAGUUUCACUACUCUGCUAAGAAAACGCAUCAACCCGUCAGAGCUGGUUCUUCUACCUCUGGAGAGCAAGAUGUUCUGGAUCAAUGCAGGUCCAGGUGACAGGAUGACACUAGAGAAGUCAUGGAUGGACGGGUCAGAAAGAAGCUCCCUGGUCGUGAUCACAGCUCAGUCUGCACACAGCCUCACUGCUGACGUAGCUGCCAGGAGGUUGUACUGGAUCAGCGACUUCAAGAGGUCCAUAGAGACAGUGAAGGUGGAUGGGACCGGCCGUUACUCCAUGACAGGACUGUUCAACAGGAGGCCAGUUCUAGGCCUUGCUGUGUUUGAAAGUUUGUUCUACUGGGUGGAUGACAGAGGACUGUGGCAACUUGCACAGAACCGACCCAGCCAGAAGAAAUUCAUCUUGAAAGCUGAUCUGCCUCUAUUAGCUGUUUACCAUGAGCUACAGCAACCUAAAGGUUCUUCUGCUUGUGUCAAGACUCCAUGCCAGCUCUGUCAGCUGACUAAAGGCAGCCCUGUUGGAUUCACUUGUGCCUGUCCAGAGUCAAAAGUACUGUUGCCUGAUGGAACAUGUGAAUACCCACGGUUCAUAUAUUCCACCAUGACAGCCAUCAACAUGUUGGAGUUCAGAGGCAAAGACACGUUUGAAACCCAGCUGUUCACCACCGACGACGGCAUCCUGUCUUUUGAUCUGGACUGGUACAGAGAGUGGUUGUACUGGGCCAAUCAAACUGGACAUGUCCAACGCUCCAGUCUAACCCAGGUCAAGACUGAGGUGGUCCCAACACCUUUCCCAGUUUGUCUAAUAAAUGUAGACCAGAGGAGUGGAAGGCUUUUUUGGGUGUCAUGUGACCAAAAAACCAUUGGCACCGUCGCAACAGAUCGCUUCCCACAGCAGCUGUAUCGUACCAGCAAGGAGAUUCGAGAGCUGUAUCUGGACUGGUUGAGGGGUGGCGUCUUCUGGCUGGAGGACAGUCAGAUAUUCAGCAUGAGCACGCUAGGAGGCAAAGCUAAUGAGGUGCUGCACAUAGCAGGAGGGGUCAGAGGGAACAUCGCCUUCGACAUCAGGGCCAGUAGCUUUCUCUGGAACUCAAAGAGCGCAGGCCUAACGACUGUGAGUCUAUUACAAGAGAGAAGCCACCAAGCUGGAACAAGAUGGAACAUCUCGGGCUCAGUCGCAGCUGCUUUUGAGCCCUUCCUGUUGUCCAUUUCUGGUGACGUAAUGACUCUGUGGGAUCGACGUGAUGGGAGCCUCAUCCGAGAAGUGACGGUGACGGGUCAAGUGUUCAGUGUCAUUGCUGCACUCGGGGACAUUCAAACAGUAGUGCCUAGUGCUCCUGUCUGCAAUGAACCGUCUGUGUUGUGCCGGCACUCAUCAGUCUGCCUCACACAAGCCCAGCUGUGUGAUGGGAAAAUGGAUUGUCCCGACGGAGAUGAUGAGGAGUCUUGUGUUGUGACCUGUCCAUCAAAAGAUUUCAAGUGCAAAGAUAACAGAAGUUGUAUCGCCAGAGAUCUUGUAUGCGACGGUCGCUCUCAUUGUCACGAUGCCUCGGAUGAGGUCGACUGUCCGACCGUAGCGUCUCCUACAACUCGGGCAAAAGUCUUGAAAUGUCGCAAGGGCUCCAGACCGUGCAAAGAUGGCACAGUGUGCGUUUUAUACAGUCACGUAUGUGAUGGAGAGAAGGACUGCAAGGAUGGGUCAGAUGAAGUGGGAUGUGAUGUCCCACAACAGACCAAGACCACAAUAAAACCAACCACUGACCCAUCAAGUGUGACGCCACCAGCCACAACAGCUCCUGCUCGGACUCUGCUGACCUGCAGCAGCCCUUCUGUCCUCUGUCUUUCUUCUAUUCCUCUCUGCAUUUCUCCGAGCCAGUUUUGCGACGGCGUUAAAGACUGUCCUGAUGGCUUUGACGAAAAGAACUGUGUGAAAAGGUGUCCCUCGAAAACGGAUUUUCUCUGCAAAAACCGUCGGAGCUGCAUCUCCAAGAGCCUAGUUUGCGAUGGUCGAUCUCACUGUCACGAUGGCUCGGAUGAGGUUGAUUGUCCGACUGUAGCUCCGCCUACUCUGCAAACAAAUACCCUGAAAUGCCGCUUCGGGUCUAGACUGUGUCGAGACAGGACAGAAUGUGUCCUCUUGAGUCACGUCUGUGAUGGAGAGCGAGAUUGUCGGGACGGAUCAGAUGAAGCGGGAUGCAAUGUUUCAGCCACUCCUGGUUCUACGGUCGUUCUCACAGAAAACUUGGAUGAAUCUGCUGUUCCCAUCAAGCCAUUAACUCAGUCCACCACCAAGCCGCCUUGCACCAGCCCUUCAGUUCUGUGCCCGAAAUCCUCUUUAUGCAUCAACUCAACACAGCUGUGUGAUGGAAAGAAAGACUGUCCUGAUGGAUCUGAUGAAAAGUGUGUGAAAAGAUGCCCCCAUCCAAUGGACUUCCGCUGCAAAGACCGCCGGAGCUGCGUCUCGAAGAUCUUGGUGUGCGACGGCCGCUCUCAUUGCCACGAUGGCUCAGACGAGGUCGACUGUCCGAGCGUGAGUCUCCCCGCGGCUCGGACGAACGCCUUGAAGUGUCGCAUGGGUUCAAGCAUCUGCCGAGAUGGGACGCAGUGUGUCCUGUUCAGUCACGUCUGUGAUGGAGAGAGAGACUGCAAAGACGGAUCAGAUGAAGAGGACUGCAAUGCUACAGAGAUUAACACUGCUACACAAACACCCUACUCAACUGAACUGCCGUCACCUGCCGAGGCUUUCACUGAGCCGUCCUGUGUCAGCCCUUCAGCUCCGUGUCCAGGCACAUCUUUAUGCAUUAAUGCGACACAGCUGUGUGACGGGAAACAAGACUGUCCUGAUGGCUCUGAUGAGAACUGCGUGAAAAACUGUCCAUACAAGACCGACUUCCUCUGCAAAGACCAUAGGAGCUGCAUCUCCAAGAGCCUGGUUUGUGACGGACGCUCUCAUUGCCGCGAUGGUUCAGACGAGUUCAACUGCCCGAGCGUAACUACCCCUGCAUCUCGGGGCAAUGUGUUGAAGUGCCGUGUGGGCACAAGGCCGUGUAACGACGGCACAGAGUGUGUUUUGUACAGCCACGUGUGUGACGGAGAGAACGACUGCAGGGAUGGUUCUGAUGAACUGGGAUGCCAACAAACCUGUCAACAAGGUGAGUUUCAGUGCUCCCAUGGAAAAAUGUGCAUCCCGGAGGCUCAGGUGUGCGAUGGGAGGUCACAGUGCAGGGACCAGUCGGAUGAACUGGACUGCCAGGAACGGCCCAAGAGCUGUGAGCAUCAGUGUGCUGACGGAAAGCGCUGCAUCCCAAACAAAUUUCUGUGUGACGGGGAGAGAGACUGCCUGGAUGGCACUGAUGAAAUGGGCUGCGAACCCGUCACUGACGCAACAACGCAGACUCCUGUUCUCACUUCCAUGUCAGCUUGCAUCACUCCUUCAGUCCUCUGCCCAGGUUCAUCACUGUGCAUCUCUCAAAGUCAGCUUUGCGAUGGGCAAAGAGACUGCCCUGAUGGAUUUGAUGAAAACAGCUGUGUGGUGCAAUGUGAAAACCCGAAUGACUUUUUGUGCGGAGACCGGAGGAAGUGCAUCCCCAAGAUGCAGGUGUGUGACGGUCGCACCCAUUGUCCCGAUGGCUCAGACGAGAACCAGUGUCAAUCAGCAGAUUCUACUACUGUCUCUUCCACAAAUGUGCCGAACGCCAGAUCAACCCCUUUAAAGUGCCGCAAAGGUUUUAAGCCAUGUAAAGAUGGCCUGGAGUGUGUCAUGUACAGCCAUGUGUGCGACGGAGAAAAGGACUGCCCGGAUGGUUCGGACGAAGACGAAUGUGCCGCUGAAUGCAAAGCAGAUGAGUUUCGGUGUUCUCACGGGAAUAGAUGCAUCGCACAGCAGGAUGUGUGCAACGGGCAGUACGACUGUCAGGAUCGUUCUGAUGAAAUGGGCUGUUCGAGUCUGAGCGAGGGCUGCCAUCACCGCUGCGACAACAACAGUCGCUGCAUACCAGGAACUUUCCUGUGCGAUGGAGAGAGAGACUGCGCUGAUGGGUCAGACGAAGAGAAGUGCGGUUUAGUGGCCUGUUCGAUUAACCAGUAUCGCUGCGCCAGUGGCCAGUGCGUCUAUGAGGCUUUGAGGUGUGAUGGAUAUGCUGACUGCGGCGACCGGUCCGACGAGGUGGACUGCUCGAGACCCCCACGCUGCCCGACGCAUCUGCAGUGCCCACACAGCCACGAAUGUCUGCAGAAAAAGUGGCUCUGUGACGGCGAGGUCGACUGCAAAGACGGCUCGGAUGAGAAGAACUGUAAUACUCCACCAGCAAAGUGCAGAGUAUAUCAGUGGCAGUGUGGAGACAGCAAUCAGUGCAUUCCUCUGUCCUGGAAGUGUGACGGCAAGAAGGACUGUUACAAUGGUGUGGACGAGGACAAGUGCAGCCAGAGAAAAUGUCCCUCCCACCUCUAUCAGUGCGGCAGUGGAGAGUGUCUGGACCCCAGUCUGGUGUGUAACGGCUUCACCAACUGUGUUGAUAGCUCAGAUGAAGGGGUGGGAUGUGCUCAACGCAACUGCUCCAGUCAGUCAGCGCCUCGAUGCGACCACCAGUGUGUCAGCACGCCUAAUGGACCGAGGUGCUUCUGCGAUGCAGGUUUUAGGCGACAAUCCAGGACUGUGUCCUGUGUGGACAUUGAUGAGUGCAAUACUUCGCCGCAUCCUGUCUGCAAACACGCUUGCCUGAACACCCGCGGAUCCUACAGUUGUUACUGCCACCCUGGCUUCUACUUGGAGCCGGACGGCAAAAGUUGCAAGACAAAAGAUGAGCCUUUGCUUCUGGCCUCGGUACAGUCAGAGCUGUUACUCUUGGGGGUUCGUAGUGGCACCCUGCGUCUCCUCUCCUCUGCCAGUCGGCCAGUCUUCUCAUUGGAUUAUCACUGGGCUCAACAGAGAGUUUACUGGCUGAGCCCUGACUACCAAAGCAUCCGCUGGGCCGACAUGAAAGGUUCAGACAACAAAGGGACACUGAUCAAAGGCGUGAAGUCGGAUUUCAUCGCAGUGGACUGGCUUGGUAAGAAUUUGUACUGGGUGGAUGGGUUGGUCGGCCAGAUUCUGGCAGUGAAGCUCAGCAAUGCCACAGUGAGAUCUCAGGACUACACCGUGGUCCUGGGUGAAGAUCUGGAGCAGCCAAGUUCAUUGGUUUUACUGCCACAGAAAGGGCUGAUGCUGUGGUCCGAGAUCGGCAGCACCCCUCAGAUCGAGCGGUCGGGGAUGGACGGUUCAAAGAGGAAGGUGGUGGUGAGCCGUGACUUGAGCUGGCCGGUCAGUUUGGCCUAUGACCUGCUGGAUAACAGGGUGUACUGGGCCGAUGAGAAGUUACGCUGCAUUGGCUCAUCUUCUCUGAAUGGAGACAACAUUAAGAUCCUCCAGCUAGCCGAGUCUCCAAGUCCUUUCUCAGUGGCAGUUUUCAAUGAUCGUGUUUUCUGGUCCGACACCAAAAGAAGAACCGUCCGUUCAGCCGACAAGAACACUGGGAAAGAUCAAAAGGUUCUCCUGAAGAGGCCAGGGCAGCCAUUUGGCCUGAAAGUUAUGCAUGCCCUGUCCCAGCCAUCCAUAUCCAGCCCCUGUGAUAAUCUACGUUGCUCCCAUAUCUGUUUGCUGGCCCCAGCAGUCAGAGGAAAAUCAGGAGUAGCAGGGACUCCAGCAGUUUGUCGCUGUCCUAAGGGGCUGCUAUUGUCCCAGGACAAGAUGACCUGCUCUCUGCCUCGGGAAUCAUCUUACAUGCUUCUCUUGUCUCGGAAUACAGUCUAUCAAAUUUACUUGCGCUCUAUGCAUCGUGAUGGCGUUGCCCUAAAAAAGAUGCCAGACAGUCGUGUUUUGGCCCUUCCUGGAGUAAACGAGGCCUCUGUGUUUGACGUUUGCCUCAAGGAUCAUUCUCUGUAUGUGGCUUAUUCAGGGCUGGGGUCUGUGGAUGUGCUGAGACUGGGCGGCUCUAGGUCCAGACAGGGACUCACACCUGCUGGACAAAUCCUAAAGCUGAAGGAUGGCACAGUCACGGCUCUGGCGGUUGACUGGGUGACCUCCAACCUCUACUGGAGCAGCAGUGAGAAGCCCGAAAUCCACGUGACCUCCCGCUACGAUGGCUACACCACCUCACUGCUGCAAGGAUCAAUAACGGGCAUCACAUCCAUCGCACUGCACCCAUCCUCGGGUCGACUUUGCUAUGCAGCAAUAGUCGUGGUGGGUCGGGAGAGUCAGGCGGAGGUGGAUUGUGCCUGGAUGGACGGCCGUAACAAAGCCGUGCUGUGGAGGAAGGCGAGCAUCCCCUCCUCCCUGGUCUUCUACCAUAAGGGAACCACGAUCUACUGGGCUGACACUGGUGAAGGAGUAAUCGGCUCCAUCAGAGUGGAUGGAUCAGGAUAUAAAGAGUACAAAACGGGUCCAGGUCUGCUUAUCUCCUUCACACAUACUGCAAACAUCCUCUUCUGGGUCACCUUGGACAAAGACGUCACCAAGCUGUGGUUCAGUGAUGGCCUCCAGCCUAAACAGCUGUGGUUCGAGACGAAGACCGACGUGGGAGAAAUCAGAGCCUACAGCAACGACAGCCAGUCUGGUACCAACAGCUGCUCCAAGAACAACGGCGGAUGUGCCCAUCUGUGCCUGCCCUAUCCCGAGGGUCGGACGUGCACGUGUGGACGGGGUUUCUACGGCACCGACGCCACUUCCUGCGCCCCGCUCCCGUCCUGUCCCGCCGGAGAAGAGUCCUGCUUUGACGGCAGCGAGUGCAUCGGCAGCGGCAAGUUCUGUGACGGACACGUGGACUGUCCGGACCAGUCGGAUGAACAGUACUGUCCAGUCUCAAACUUUAUUAGUAUCAAGGGCAGCGAUGACGGUACACCCCAGUCUCCCCCAUCCUCCUCCUCCUCCUCCUCUCCCUCCAACAGCCAGAAGAACUCUGUUCUUCCAGUUAAAGACUCUUCAUCCUGUGAUGUCCAACACUGCAACGGUCACGGCCACUGUGUCACAGAGGGAAAAGUGACCCGCUGCCAGUGUCUGCCUGGUUACCAGGGAGAGUUCUGUGAGGGAGGACAUAGCCACGUGGGUGUGAUCUUGGGUGUCUUCUUCCUCGUUGCUGGACUGACGGCCGCUGCCUUUAUUUUCACUAAGAGGAGCGAGUGGGCAUCCUUCAGAGGCAGAUCUGGGGAGAAGGAAACGCUGAUGGCCAACAUGGGCCUGCCUUUUGAAAGCUAUGAUGCAGACUCUGAGGAGUUGGAGUCCCCAGUAGAUGUGAAGAACCCCACGCUCACGUAAAGUCACUGCAGAAUCAAACACACUAAUCUGUAUUUACUCACAGGCACAUCGCCUUCCAUAAGCACCUGGUGGCUGAUGUUGUACAUUGUUACACUAGAUUUGUGGCGCUGGCUUUAGCGUGAGGAUGCAUUUCACUGGCCAUAAAUUUCAACAUGCUGAUGUGGACUUUCUGUAAAGUAAUAAAAAUGAUAUACAAUGAACC